AUGGUCUCCUUCUUCUACUCUGGACCUUCUUCGUCGGCUGAAAGGUCUAUUGCUGCUGAACUACCUCCUGUCUCUGAAUGGACGCAUUCUUCUUCUGGAGGCGUUGUAGCAGCUGAUCCUCGCCCUACUGUAUUCGACCUCUUUGCCAUUGAAAAAGUUCCCGAAUCCAAAAUGGAAGUGGAAGCAUCACCCACAAGCAUUGAAGGAUCACAGGCUGACACGUUGUCAGUGUCAAAAUCACCUGCUAUGUUGAAUAAAGAGGACUACUGUUUGGGCAAAAUUAUUGGCAAGGGCGGGUUUGGAGUUGUUCGAUUGGCAUUGCACAAAUCUGGUGCUACUUUUGUCGUGAAAAGUGUGCAGUUGACUGAAAAAUCCAUGCAAGAACUGAAUCUCUUGUCUUGGAUCAAUCAUCGCAACGUCGUGAAAUUAAUCGGUUACUGGAAAACUGAUGACACGUUGUCCAUGGUGCUAGAAUGGAGUGAAGGGGGAUCCGUUGCGUCAAUGAUCAAAACCUUUGAACCAUUGAAUGAACCGAUCGCUGCUGUCUAUAUCUAUGGCCUCCUUGAAGCUUUGUCUCACAUUCACUCUCAUGGACUUGUCCAUUUAGAUGUAAAAUGCGCGAAUAUUCUAGUCAACAAGGCUGGACUUGUUUGCUUGACUGAUUUCGGUGUAUCCAAAUAUGAAUCUGAAUUGUUGGCUGACCCAGAAGCUUUUGAGGGAUCACCAUAUUGGAUUGCUCCAGAGCUGAUAACUCUAGAGGGAGGAACACGUAAAAGUGAUAUUUGGUCUCUAGGUUGCUCUCUUGUUGAGAUGAUUUCUGGAAGUCCACCAUACAUCAAACUGGGACCUAUGUCUGCAUUAUUCCGUAUCGUUGAAGAUGAAGAAGUACCAUUACCGGAAGGCAUCUCGGUCGAGCUGACCUCGUUCUUGCGUGCCUGUCUGCAAAAGGACCCAAAGAAACGAGCUUCUGCUGCAGACUUGAUGAAACAUCAGUGGAUCGUAAAACACCGCCCAUCUGAUCUGACGCUUCCAUUGGCUGACGACAAUGUGGUUGAUCCAUUGAUUGAUUUCGCAGCAUCAAAGGCCGUCUCUUUUGCCGUCGAUUCUGCCAGCAGCGCUGUUUCCACUGCUACAAGUGACACAGCUGUCUGCAAGGCUCUUGGACCCGAUAUAUACAUAUUUCCAAUUCGCCGUGAAUCACUCCCCGAGUUCCGAACCUCAGCAACCCCAACAACCAAAGUAUCCGAGUAUCCUGUCAGGACAGACUCUUUGGCCGCUACCCGAACUACCGCAAACCGUGUAUCAUCAGACUCGACUACAACAUCCGCUCCACCAUCAUCCAUUGCUUCUGCAGAGUCGAGCUAUAUUGAAACUACGAAUCAUGCAUCAUGUAAAGUGGAUAUCAGUAAAACCAGACAAAAACGUACACUAUGGACAAGAUUGAGAUGGGCUCAGGGCGGAUCCAAGGCAAAAGCAGCAGCAACAUCAGCUACACCAGCAGACGGAAAUCAAGGUACAAUCAACGUGUUGGGUGAAAAGAAGAAGAGAAGGGUUGCCGAGACCGAUAUAUCAUCCUCAUCCACUGCUGACCGUAUUGACCUCGAUGUAUCUUGCCAUAUUGAGGGGAGUGCUAGUAAAAAUCAACAUGAACGUAACUUCUUCAAGAGUUUCGGCUGGUCUAAAAAGACUCGCACCUCCAACCCAAAAGCAACAGCACCACUGCCAACAACAGAUGGAUUAUCGCCACGUAUCGGAAGUGUACUAGCCGACAAAAUGAAGUCUGGUGGAAUGCGAGGGUGGAGCGGAAUGUCUAAGCGACAAAGGGAGGAUUCUCCAACUCGUUCAGGAAUUGCACCAUCGUCACCCGCUGGAGUUGGAGACCAAGAAGAAGCUCCCGAAGGAGGCGAUUUACCCUUCCAAGAAGAUGAUAAUGAGCCUCUACUCGAAGAAGCCUUUGUCAAUGACAUUCACGAUGAGGAAGAUGAAGAUGACGAAGGAGAGGACUUGUUUGGUGAUAAUCUAGCUGCCGACUACCAAGAAAACGAACGACUAGAUCGUUAUGAUGGCGAACUCAACAUUGACGAUGAGGAUUAUGAUGAAAUGGAUAUGGCAGAUCGAUUGGCGAUUAAUGCUAAAUUGAAUCGUCGUGAUCGAGAAGCCGCUAGACGUGAAGGACGAGGAGACGCUUUUGGUGACUCUGAUGACGAUGAUCAUCGCGAACUGCCCAUGAUUCGCAGACACCGUCGUCAAAUUGAUCUUGAGGAUGAAGAGGCAGAUGAAGACGCAGCCCUACCUCUGGAAGCAUUGCAAGAAGUCAAAGGUCCCAUCAGUGCCUUUGUUCAAAUGAAUGGGCCUAGAAAUGCCAUCAAACGUGAAUUUGGACACUUCUUAAAUACUGUUGUGGAUGAGGGUGGACAAUCAGUAUAUGGACUGCGUAUUAAAGCUAUGGCUGAAGCCAAUGGUGAAAGUUUGGAAGUCGACUACAAUCAUUUGCAAAGCAACAAGGCUAUCUUGGCUUACUACCUGUCUGACUCUCCCAAUGAGAUGUUGAAAAUCUUUGAUGAAGUCGCUCUCGAGAUGACUGUGAGCAUGUUUGUUCAUUACAAAGAAAUCCAAAAGGAAAUUCAUGUCCGAAUCACUAAUUUGCCAUCUGUGGAUUCGUUGCGUGACUUAAGACAAUCCCACUUGAACUCCCUUGUACGGACAAGUGGUGUAGUGACUCGACGUACUGGUGUAUUCCCACAAUUACGGUACAUCAGAUACCGUUGUUUGGCCUGUGACGAAGUUUCUCGAGUCCAUUAUCAAGAUCCAACUCAGGAGCUCAGAGUCCGGAUUUGUGAGGACUGUCAAGGCAGGAACACAUUGAGAAUCUGCCAGGAGUUGACUAUAUAUCGCAACUUCCAAAAAUUGACUUUGCAAGAAAGUCCUGGAACCGUUCCUGCUGGUCGGUUGCCUAGACACAAGGAGGUUAUCUUGACUUGGGAUCUUGUUGAUUCUGCACGUCCAGGAGAAGAAGUGGAAAUUACUGGAAUUUACCGCAACAACUUCGAUAUGUCUCUUAAUUCCAAGAAUGGCUUCCCAGUGUUUGCCACAGUCAUUGAAGCAAACCAUAUUUCUAAAAAGGAAGAUUUGUUUGCUAGUACUCGUCUUACUGAAGAUGAUAUCAAGCAAAUUCGUAGUUUGGGCAAAGAUGAUCGUGUUCGUCAGCGCAUCAUCAAAUCAAUUGCUCCAUCCAUCUUUGGACACGAAGACAUCAAAACCGCAUUAGCACUCGCCAUGUUUGGAGGAGUAGCCAAGAAUCCAGGUGGCAAACAUCGUAUUCGUGGUGAUAUCAACGUCUUGGUGUUGGGAGAUCCCGGUACAGCCAAAUCCCAAUUCCUCAAAUAUAUUGAAAAGACGGCACAUCGUGCUGUAUACACUACUGGUCAAGGAGCAUCAGCUGUUGGUUUAACUGCCAGUGUACACAAGGAUGUAGUAACUCGUGAAUGGACUCUGGAAGGCGGUGCUAUGGUGAUGGCUGAUAAAGGUGUUUGUCUUAUCGAUGAAUUCGAUAAGAUGAAUGAUAAGGAUCGAACCUCGAUUCACGAAGCUAUGGAACAACAAUCCAUCUCCAUCUCCAAGGCCGGUAUUGUCACGACCCUACAAGCACGAUGUUGUGUUAUAGCUGCAGCAAAUCCAAUCCGUGGUCGAUACAAUCCACAAAUUCCCUUUUCACAAAAUGUGGAAUUGACGGAACCCAUCUUGUCACGUUUUGAUAUAUUGUGUGUCGUUCGUGAUACUGCCGAUCCUGUAGCUGAUGAAGCUUUAGCCAUGUUUGUUGUGAAUUCGCAUAUUCGUAGUCAUCCAGACAAUCAGGAUGCUGCGUCCAAGAAGGUUGCGCCUGCACAGGACAAAGAAAUCAUCCCACAAGAAUUGCUGCAAAAGUAUAUCAUGUAUGCUCGUGAUCAUGUUCAUCCGCGUAUCUCGGAUGCUGAUACGGAUAAGAUUGCUGCCUUGUAUUCGGAUCUUCGUCGAGAAUCUCAGACUGGAGGAUCUGUACCAAUCACAGCACGUUCAUUGGAAUCCAUUAUUCGAAUGGCCGAAGCCUUCGCACGUAUGCAUUUACGUGAUGUCGUGCUGCAAAGUGAUAUUGAUCGAGCUAUGAGUAUUGUUAUUCGAUCUUUCAUCGGAGCUCAAAAGUAUUCAGUCAAGAAGCAGCUUGCCAGAGCCUUUUCCAAAUAUGUAUCAUAUGAUCAAGAUCAUGAUGAAUUGGCAAACCACAUCUUGUCACAAUUACAAAAGGAGACAACCAACUUCUUUUACUAUCAACAUGAUGAGAUGCCUGAACGUGUUGAGAUUGAUUCUACCGAGUUUGCUACACGCUGCAAAGAGGUCAACAUAUAUGACGUGCUACCAUUCUACCAAAGUCGUUUGUUUAGAGACAACUUUGUUUAUGAUCAUGUUAAGAGAGUCAUUGUCCCUCGUCGUUGA